AUGAAAGAGGUUGCCAAGGCAGCCAAACAGCAGCGAGCCGAUCUUUGCGAGAAAUCUAGUCUGGAUAUUCAACCCAAAUCGGAUGUCAAACCCAAGAAACUCCAGUUAUGUGCCCUCACUCUACAGGAGCGCUUGCUGCAGUUCUACUACACGCGAGCACAGCUGAGUCCAGUGGAGGUGCGCAGGGUUCAAUCCCUGGCUCUGGACAUCUGCACGGAGAUCCAGGGCUUCCUCCACACCCGCCACCCUGACAUGCCUCUGGGGGAGAUGAGCCUGGGAGGCUCCUUGCUGGACGACCUGGAGGUGGUGAGGGCAGACCACGCAUGCCUGCUGGUGCCCCUACAAGUGGAGGCGUCACUGUGGCGUCUCAUCCCCGGAGAGGAGACCCUUCUGACCCAUCCGCUGCACUGGAUGGUCCGACGGAUCAACCUGGAGUACUUCCCCCGUGGACGGAGUUACUGGGACAGGUUUCUGGUCGGGGGCUACUUGUCCUCCGAAGCUCUGGUGAACAUGUUAAGCAAGACCGUCAUGGAAACCAUGAACUGGCCGUCCAUAAGCAGCCAUCUGGACUGCCUGGUCAGGCCAGUGCUGGGAGGACCAGAACUUAGCCUUGAGAUACGGCCUGAGGAUCCAGAGGGAGGAGGAAAAGGCAGCGGUAUGCCUCCUCUCUUCAUAUCCAUGAUACCGGUCCUGAGGGAGGAAGACGUGGUCCUGACGGGCCAGCCGCAGCUCACCACUCCCUGGGUCAACGCCUGGCACCUCUCCCUCUACCCGUGGGAGACCCGGCGCCUGGCUCAGCUCGACGAGUCUGACAGCGGCUGUCGCAGGAACGUCCUCAAGACCCUCAAGGCGGUGUGCAAGCUGAACCCCGCCCUCAGGCCCAUGCCCUCCGCCCCAUUGGCUAAUCUCAUCCUGCACCUCAGCGAACGGGAGAGUGAUUGGUCGGAUGGCAGCCUGGAAGUGCGCUUUCAGCAGUGCAUCACGGAGCUGAUUGGUUAUCUGGAGCAAGGCGCGCUGCACAGUUACUUCAAGCCAGUGGUCAAUCUGCUGGGCAGCCUGUCGGAAGACCAGGUUGACCAGAUGGGCUUCAUGCUCUACUGUGCUAUGUCUGAGCCUGAAAUACUGCUCAUAUAG